GCGCACGCACGCAGGCAGACAAGCGCAGGCGCGCGCACACACACACUGCUGUGAGAUUAUCAGAGCGCUCGGCAGCAGAGAGAGAAAGAGGGAGACGCGGAGGAGAGCAGCAGCCCCACCGAUCCUCAAGCGCGAGAGAGAGGCAGCGUCUGGAGCACGAGCUGGGCGGGGAAAUAACUGCGGUACUGAAGAAAUACUUCAUUGCCGAAGUGCAGCAGUUUGUCGGCAUCGCAACUUCGUCCGUGUAAAGCAAAAUGUCAUCGUCGGGAAAAGACAACAGCUCCCAACAUGCGAAUUACGUGGGACCGUAUCGCCUGGAAAAGACGCUUGGCAAAGGACAGACAGGCCUCGUGAAGCUGGGAAUCCACUGUGUCACAUGUCAGAAAGUUGCCAUAAAAAUUGUAAACCGGGAGAAACUCAGCGAGUCUGUGUUGAUGAAGGUGGAAAGAGAAAUAGCUAUUCUGAAACUCAUAGAACACCCUCAUGUUUUGAAGUUGCACGAUGUCUAUGAAAAUAAGAAAUAUUUAUAUUUGGUUCUAGAGCAUGUGUCAGGUGGAGAGCUCUUUGACUACCUAGUAAAGAAGGGCAGGUUAACACCCAAAGAGGCCAGAAAGUUCUUCAGACAGAUCAUCUCAGCGCUGGACUUCUGUCACAGUCACUCUAUAUGCCACAGAGACUUGAAGCCAGAGAACCUGCUGCUGGAUGAGAAGAAUAACAUCAGGAUAGCAGACUUUGGCAUGGCUUCUCUACAGGUUGGAGACAGUCUCUUAGAAACGAGCUGUGGAUCCCCUCACUAUGCCUGCCCAGAGGUUAUAAGGGGGGAGAAAUAUGAUGGCAGGAAAGCUGAUGUAUGGAGCUGUGGAGUCAUUCUCUUUGCACUUUUGGUGGGUGCUUUGCCAUUCGACGACGAUAACCUGAGGAACUUGCUGGAGAAAGUGAAGCUCGGGGUCUUUCACAUGCCCCAUUUCAUUCCUCCAGACUGCCAAAACCUCCUAAAGGGGAUGAUCGAGGUGGACGCCACCAAACGACUCACGUUAGAACAGAUACAGAAGCACACAUGGUACAUAGGAGGAAAGAACGAGCCAGAACCAGAACAACCGGUGCCACGGAAAGUGGCGAUCCGCACGCUACCCUCCACUGAGGACAUCGACCCAGAUGUGCUGGAAAGCAUGCACUCGCUGGGCUGCUUCCGGGACAAGAACAAACUGAUGAAAGACCUGCUGUCAGACGAUGAUAACCAGGAAAAGAUGAUCUACUUCCUCCUGUUGGACCGUAAGGAGAGAUAUCCCAGCCAUGAGGAUCAGAAUCUACCACCCAGAAAUGAAAUUGAUCCUCCUAGGAAGCGAGUGGACUCUCCACUCUUGACGAGGCACAACAAGAGGAGGCCAGAGCGCAAGUCCAUGGAGGUGCUGAGCGUGACAGAGGGCGGAUCUCCUGUUCCUGUGAGACGUGCCAUCGACAUGGCACAACACGGACAGAGUAAAUCUGUUUUCAGUAAAAGCUUGGAUAUCUCAGAUGCCAACCCCAUACUGCAAAGCAAGGAGGAGAGGUCCCGGUCCAUCAGCGGAGCCUCUUCUGGUCUGUCCACUAGUCCCCUCAGCAGUCCUCGGCCCAUGCGGCGGUUCGCUGUUCCUCCACAAUCCGCAGAACUCACGCAGUCGCCCAACCACAGCCCCACCCACGCGCCUGUGUCCCGGGUGAACGGCACAGGCCCCCACUCCCCCAAAACCUUUCAACCAAAGACAGUUGCUCAUCAGUCCAACAACAAAACUCAGACCCUUCCAGCCAAGCCCAAAGUUGCAGACAAGCCCCUGCAAGCCACCAGGUCCAACCCGCUCCCUAACACAAUGGCCGUGCCAUCUGCGGCCAAGUCGGAACCGUCUACACCCUGCCAACCCCUGCCCCCGCCGAUGCCCGGCAGCCCGAAAGUGCGCCGGCCACUGCUCACGGUGCCACCCAAGCUCUCCGUUCCCCUUUCACCACUUUCACCCAUCCGGCUUCACCACCUUCACCCGCUGGCCGGGACUGACCACAACGGCAAAUCUAUCCCCACCAUACAGGUUACGCCCCACCCCUCCCCCAGGGGCAGCCCAUUGCCAACUCCGAAAGGAACGCCGGUGCACACGCCUAAGGAGAGCCCAGCGGGGACCCCUAGCCCCACGCCACCCCCCAGCCCCUCCAUUGGAGGCAUGCCGUGGAGAACACGCCUCAACUCCAUUAAGAACAGCUUCCUUGGCUCACCACGCUUCCACCGCAGGAAACUACAAGUUCCCACACAAGAGGAAAUGUCCAGCCUAACACCAGAGUCUUCCCCCGAACUUGCCAAAAAAUCUUGGUUUGGAAAUUUUAUUAACCUCGAAAAGGAGGAGCAGAUUUUUGUGGUGAUUCGGGACAAGCCUCUGAGCUCAAUCAAAGCAGAUAUUGUACACGCCUUUCUCUCUAUUCCCAGCCUCAGCCACAGUGUGGUGUCUCAGACGAGUUUCCGGGCAGAAUACAAAUCCACGGCCGGCCCCACCGUGUUCCAAAAACCAGUGAAGUUCCAGGUGGACAUCACCUACACCGAAAGCACGGCUGCCACCAAGGAGAACGGCAUCUACUCUGUCACCUUCACACUGCUCUCAGGUCCCAGCCGACGCUUCAAACGGGUGGUGGAGACGAUUCAGGCUCAGUUGUUAAGUACACAUGAGCAGCCUGGUGUCCAGCAGCUGUCUGGCAGCCCAUUGAGUAACUUCUUUGACGUAAUUAAACAGCUCUUUUCAGACGAGAAGAACGGGCAGGUGUCCCAUCCGCCCGGCACGCCCAAGCAUGCCAACAGCAAGAGACAUGAGCCUGAGCCUAAUGACUCCAAAUGUCCAUCUGGCCAAGACAAGGCCAAGAUGGCACCAUCAGUUGGGACACAGGAACAACCUUAAAACCAGGAGAAAUACUAUAUACUAGUUUUAAAAUAAAAUAAAAUAAAAUAAACAAAAGAAAAGAAAAGAAUCCAGUCAUGGUGAAAGGAUGUUGUUGACUCAAGUUGGUUUUAACCAAGCCUCUACAAAGUUUUAUAUAAAGGAAUGAAUAUUGAAGUACUGUAUGAAGUACUGACCCGACACUUUACAAAAGGCGUAUACAAACACGCUUAUUUUUUAUUUAUUUUUUCUCUCCAGUGUUGUUUGUUCUUCACAUUGUCUCGUUAUGUUGUUUUACGAUGCCUUUAUUUAUUUCUGCUACCAGGAAUUAUCCAGAAAACGUGUUAAAGCCCCAAGUCCUGCUCUUGCACAAGAUUCAUGUUUGGCACAUUUGAUGGAGGGCACAUUACACAGGAAGUUCAGUACAAGCAGCUGAGGGAAACUCCUCAUUCUGAUGCAUCUAAGCACCCCAAACACCAACAAGAGCUCCAACCUAUUCCUCAACUCCUUCCUCCUGCAGCUACUGUACAUACAGCCACACAUUUGUGGAUUUGGAGUGAAGCCUUAAAAUAAAGAUGUUUAUGAAUUCUCACUAAGCUAACCCACAAUUCAUCUUUUUAUUGAAACAUACUUUUUGUUUUUAUCCUUGCUCGUCUUCUUUCCUCCCCGUCCUCUGCUAAUGCACACACAAACACAAACACAGAGACGUACAUACAGGACAUCGUUACAAAAGGACAACUCUGGAUUUCAUAACGCACGUGUUUGAGGAGUUGCCCUCGAGGACCGUUGUUGGAUUGUAUUCUUUUCAAUGUAGUCUUUCUUUGUGAAAUGGAGAAUUUAAAACAUUUUAUGGACUCAGUGUCAUUGCUGUACAAGAUUUGGAGAUCCUAUUUGAAAAAUGGUGGGGAUGUACUUUUAGGGAGGGUCGUGGACAGGGACACGGUGUUGGGAGGGGGGGGGGCGUUACAGUAAAUGAUCUAUUCUGUUGUACAGACUGAAAAUAUUCUUUAUGUAACAAAUGUCUAUCAGUGACAUUGCUUAGAUGAAUUGUGUUGCCACAUCCUGUUUUUUUUUUUUUUUUUUUUUUUUCUCAUGUAGCGUUCAUGAAAUGUUAGUUUUGAAUGACAAUUAUGCUUAAUGUAUUCGAGGGUUACUCAUGAUGUCAAUUUUCGAUUUGUAUUUAUUUCGUGUUUAAUUUUUAUUGAGAAACAUCUGCAGGAUUCAGAGACCUUUUACCCUUUUUUGUAACUUAUAUAUGUGUUUGUCUUUUUUUAAUUUAUUCAGCUGGAGAAUAUUAAUAUAUAGUAAAAAACCGGGUGGUGAUUUUAUUGUUUGCAUCAGGGCGACUCGUCAGAUUGUUUGAAGGAUCUUGUGUUUUGUGUACGAUAACACUUAUCCGAUUUUGUGAAUGAAGCACUCUUUCUUUCCCGGCUUUGGCCAGAUUAAAGAGCUUGUAGUAUAUGUUAAAUUAUUUACUGGUAAUUUAAGAAUGUAGACUAGCCUCUUUAGGGUGGGGGGUGAGG